UUUAAGCAAAUGCGGAACUUCUGAAGCAAGCUGACCUGGGGGGAGAAACGGAGGAAAAACUUAGUCAAGAUGGCAAAGCCCACAGACCCGAAGUGAAGGGGUACCCGUCCCCCCGAAAGAUUACGGCUGUCAUCCGUCUUGAGUCAAAGGCAACGAUGCAAACAGCACAACUAGCUUUCUACGGGCCCUAAAAGGAUUCCUUUAAUAAUAUGCCAGUGGCGCUGAUGUGACAUAUUGCAAGUUGGAAAGCUGACUCAUCAAAUAGAAAUUCCUCCGUGGGUGAGUAAUUAGCCGAGGGCACUGUAUAUAGGGCCACAGCAACAGGAGCACCUGGAUCCUCUCACUGGAGAUCUGAUCCCCUCAUGAAAGAAUAUCCUGUGGAUCACCACGUUGGCACCAACAAGAGUGCUGUCUUGCUGUUGUGAGACCUAAGAAUGGCCACAAGCAGCUUUAGCCUAAUCCACCAUUUGCGUUGACUCAAAGAUCCCAAAAACCUUAAUCAGGUUUACCGAGAACAUCACUGGAAAGUUCAGGGAAGAUCUUAGUGAUUUUCCCUCAAUGACCUACCACCCCUCCAAAAUCAGUUUCGGAACCCCAGCAGCACUACUGUAAUCCCACCCAGGCCUGCUAUCCCUCACCUAGACCAUGUUUCGUGAUCAGGUGGGCGUACUAGCCAGAUGGUUCAAAGGUUGGAAUGAGUGUGAGCAGACAGUGGCUCUGCUGUCAUUGCUGAAGAGGGUGAGCCGGACGCAGGCUCGUUUCCUGCAGCUUUGUCUGGAGCACUCCCUUGCAGAAUGCACAGAAGUACAGGUUUUGGAGGCAGAUGCCAACAAUCCAGAUGUUAUCAGCCAAUGGCAAGGUGAGCCAAAAGAACAUGUCAUCUCACUUGUCCUCACCCAUUUACCACUGCUCAAACCAAGCAAUGCAGAAGCCAAGAGCCAGUACAUGUGUCUACUACCACGCAUUCUUGCGCACACUAUUGAACAUGGCCGUCAUCUGGAAGAGUCUCGGCAACUCUUAUCCUAUGCCCUCAUCCACCCUGCCACUUCUCUUGAAGACCGUGCGGCAUUGGCCCUGUGGCUCAACCACCUGGAGGAGAGGGCUGCUACCACUGGGGACGCUCUUGAAAGGCCAUCGCCUGCUGGCCUGCAUCUCCACCAGUCCACUUUACCAUCUACCCUGACCUCAUCAGGAUCCUCCACUAACAGUUCUUCUGGUAACCUGUACACUUUGGAUCACCACCACCGCAACAGAGUUUCAGGGCUAGGUGGAGGAUGGCAGCAGCAUGGCUGUGAGAAUGGACACCUGCCUCUCUACACUUCAUCCUCUGUAACAGCAACAAUCAACACAUUAGGAACUGGUGGAGGUUGUAAUACCAUUGUAACGAGUGGAGGUAGCAACCAGCCGGACAGUCCACUGAAGCGCUCAGUGUCUCUAACUCCACCAAUGAGUGGCCCAAGCAAUCAUCCAAUGGGUCCUGUCUGGCUGUCCCAGGAAGAUGUAUGUAGUAGUAGAGGGACAGCCCCUGAUCACGCACCCCUCUCUCCUCAAAGCAGCAUUGCUUCGUCAGGCAGUGGAGUAAGUGAACAUCUGGAAGAGGCCAGUUUAGGAGGAGGUUUAAGUCUAUAUCGCAGUUCCUUCCAUGAGGAGGGCAGUGGCAUGCGGGAUGUUCCUGCGUGGCUGAAGAGUCUCCGUCUCCAUAAGUAUGCAGCACUAUUUUCCACCAUGAUAUAUGAUGAAAUGAUGUCACUUACUGAAGAACAACUUGAGGUGCAGAAAGUCACCAAAGGAGCAAGACACAAGAUUGUUAUUAGCAUUCAAAAGCUAAAAGAGAGACAAAACAUGCUGCGCAGCCUAGAAAAGGAUGUACAGGUAUUAGAGGGCAGUAAUCUCCGUAUACCAUUGCAAGAACUUCAUCAGAUGAUAAUGACUCCAAUCAAGCCUUUCAGUGGUGGCAAAGAGCCUUCGUUACAGCACACUCCCCUGAAACCAAAUUCCAAAGGUCCUGCGCCUGACUCCCACCGCAAUGGAGUUGGAGAGACUGAGGCAAACUCAAGUGUCAUUGCAGAGGGGGAUCUACCGAGCCAAUUUACCCGUGUUAUGGGCAAAGUUUGCACUCAGCUACUGGUGUCAAGGUCGGAUGAGGACAACAUCAGCUCCUACCUACAACUUAUUGACAAGUGUCUUAUACAUGAGUCUUUUAGUGAGAGUCAGAAGAAGAGACUGUUGACAUGGAAACAACAGGUCCAGAGGCUGUUCAGAUCCAUUCCGAGAAAAACACUCCUUGACUUUGCAAGUUACCGACCACAAAGAAGCAAUUGUGGAUUGGGUCAGUCCAACUCUCUUCCCACCACAAGCUGUGUUGGGAGCAAUGUUAUGGCACGUAGAAGUCUUCAACAAUUCCAGAUGCCCUCUAGGAGCUUGCCCGGUGCAAGACUGGGACUGCUUGGCAGUAGUGGACUCCUGGGACCCACACCUUGUAGUAGCAGCAGUAGCAAUAACAGCAGCACACCAGCACGCCUCAAACAGGGGAGACAGGGUCUGUGGUUUGCCAAUCCUGGGGGCAGCAACAGCAUGCCAAGCCAAACCCACAGCUCUGUGCAACGUACCCGCUCCCUGCCGGUUCACACAACACCACAAACUAUGGUCAUGAUCCAACAAGCUGAUCUUCAAUUGCGAGUUAUGGAGCCAGACAUCAACAAUCGCCUUGAAUCCUUAUGUCUGAGUAUGACAGAGCACGCAUUGGGAGAUGGUGCUGAGCGAACAUCAACAAUAUGAAAUGAGAACUUGGGUGAGAGCAGUGGAACCAUGUCGUGGGUAACUUCAUGGGGCCCUGUCACAACACUACCACCCUGUGCUCGUCAGACCUCCAGUGCCCUCUUCCAGUACCCAAAUGUGUAGAGCUCAACUAAGGGACUGGGAGGCAUCCAAGAAACACAAAUCAAUACAUUGGCUGCUUCGAUGGGUUUGGAAAGCACAUUUCCUGUUGUGACCAUCAACAUCUCAGUCAUGAGGGCACGGGGCAAGAGAAAGGUAUCAAACGUAGGCGAGCCAGCUUGUGAACAGCACCCCAAUAGGAGAUCAGGUUAAAAACAGUACACUGUGAGCAGAGGCAAAGAUGCUGGGCUGAGAAGGGGGCCCACUGAAGACCUCUACAGCCCCAGUCCCUCUUUUUAUGGUCCUCAACUAUCAACCUUUAGAGAAUGUAGCAUUUUUUUAAUAUCUGUAUCAGUACCUCAGACCCCCAGAAUCAGACAAGCAGAUGGAUGACAAUCAUUUGAGUGUGUUCAGCACCAAACAAAAGUUAGUGUUAUGUCUCUGUUGUUUACAAAAUGAUGCUACAUCCAAAGGGUGCAGAAACAUUUUUAUCUAUUAUUUGUUCUGCCAUUGACUUGGAAAAAGUGCCAAUUAAGAUAGAGAAAUAAUGAAAAAAGAGGGAUAUCAGAUGUGAAAAGAGGAGAAGGUGAUGUUGAGGAAAGGUACAGAAGGUUGAAGGGACUGAAUUGAGCUGGCACUCUGAAGAGGGAUACUUUAAAAUUACAGUUGUGAGGGUCUGCUGGGAAUGGCCGGCAGAUUCCCCUGUCAGAAGGAAUUUCAACUCCCACCUCCGAAAGAACUUUGCUCACGUCUCGGAGGAGGCCAGAGACAUUGAAUCCGAGUGGACGAUGUUCUGCCCCUCCAUUGCUGAGGCAGCCAACCAGACCUGAGGCCUUAAGGUGGCCGGUGCCUGUUGUGGAGGCAACCAAUGAACACGUUGGUGGACACCAACAGUGAGGACUGCUGUCAAGCUGAAAAAUUAGUCCUAUUGGGCAUUUCUGGCCUGUGGGACUCCCGAGGCAGCUGAUAGGUAUCGGCUGGCCAAGCGGAAUGUGGCUUCGUUGGUCGCUGAGGCAAAAACCACCCGGAUGACCAGAGAUAGGAGAGACCGCCUCAGAGACCCCAGACUCUGCUUCUGGGAGGAGUUCGGUGAGGCCAUAGAGAAUGACUUCAGAAUAGCUUCGAGGAAAUUCUGGUCCACCGUCCAGCGUCUCAGGAGGGGGAAGCAGUGCACCGUCAACACCGUAUAGUGGGGAUGGGGCACUGCUGACCUCAACUCGGGAUGUUGUGGGUCGGUGGGGAGAAUGCUUCGAAGACCUCUUCAAUUCCACCAAUAUGCCUUUUCAUGAGUACGUCCCAUGGACAUCGGGGACAGUGCCUCUGGAUUAGCAGACUCAGGUGGUGGUCCCCCUUUUCAAGAAGGGUGACGGAGGGUCUGUUCCAACUAUAGAGUAAUCACACUCCUCAGCCUCCCUGGUAAGGUCUACUCAGGGGUACUGGAAAGGACAGUCCGUCAGGAAGUUGAGCCUCGGAUUCAAGAGGAGCAAUGUGGUUUGCGUCCUGGCAGUGGAACAGUGGACCAGCUUUACACCCUCGCCAGGGUCCUCGAGGGUGCAUGUGAGUUCGUCCAACCAGUCUACAUGUGUUUUGUGGACUUGGAGAAGGCAUUCGACCGUGUCCCUUGGGGAGUCUUGUGGGGCUUUCUUCGGGAGUAUGGGGUACAGAAUCCCCUGAUAUGAGCUGUUCGGUCCCUGUACUACCGCUGUCAAAGUAUGGGCCGCAUUGCCGGCAAUAAGUCGGACUCGUUUCCAGUGAGAAUUGGACUUUGCCAAGGCUGCCCUUUGUAACCAAUUUUGUUCAUAACGUUUAUGGUCAAAAUUUCUAGGCACAGCCGAGGCGGAGAGGGUCUCCGCUUUGGUGGCCUCAGCAUCCCAUCUCUGCUCUUUGCAGAUGAUGUGGUUCUGUUGGCUUCAUCAAGCCAUGAUUUCCAGCCCUCACUGGAGCGAUUUGCAGCAGAGUGUGAAGCGGCUGGGAUGAGAAUCAGCACCUCCAAAUCCGAGACUAUGAUCCUCAGUCAGAAAAUGAUGGCAUGCCGUCUCCAGGUCGGGGAUGUGAUCCUUCCCCAAGUGGAGGAGUUCCAGUAUCUUGGGGUCUUGUUCACAAGUGAGGGAAGAAUGGAGUUGGAGAUCGACAGACGACUCGGUGCAGCGUCUGCAGUUAUGCGGACUUUGUAUCGGUCCGUUGUGGUAAAGAGGGCGCUAAAUUGAAAGGCGAAGCCCUCAAUUUACCAGUCAAUCUACGUUCCUACCCUCACCUAUGGGCAUGUGACUGAAAGAACAAGAUCCCGAAUACAAGCGGCUGAAAUGAGUUUCCUCCGCAGGGUGUCUGGGCUCUCCCUUAGAGAUAGGGUGAGAAGCUCGGUUAUCUGGGAGGGGCUCAGUGUCGAGCGGCUACUUCUCGGCAUUGAGUGGAGCCAGAUGAGGUGGCUUUGGCAUCUGAUUCAGAUGCCUCCUGGACGCCUCCCUGGUGAGGUGUUCCGGGCAUGUCCCACCGGAAAAGAGACUCCGAGGAUGACUCAGGACACGCUGGAGAGACUAUGUCUCUCGGCUGGCUUGGGAACGCCUCGGGAUCCCUCCGGAAGAGCUGGAAGAAGUGGCUUCGGAAAGGGAAGUCUGGGUAUCCCUGCUGAAGCUACUUUCCCCACGACCCGACCUGGAAAAAUGGUAGAUAUUGGAUGGAUGGAUGGAUGGAUGGAUGCAUGGAGCUAAAUACAUACACCGUGAUUACCAGUGGGAUUUAUAUAUAUGUAUAUCGUCUUUCUGAUAGAUAGACGGACGGAUAGAUAGAUGUUAAACCUUGAUUAAACGGGGUGGUUUAAGAUGCAUGUUGCAACUGAAUACCUUCCUUGGAGGAAAUGGGAAAGGACAUCACACUAAAUCAGUCCAUAAAGGGUUGGUGGCCAGAGACUGUAUGACUGGAGAUUGUGUAACCUAUUUUCUAAAAGAAGCGGAACGUGUGGCGGUACAAGGUCACCUGACUGCUCUGAAGAGGUCACAAAUCAUUGAUGCUGAACUUUUAGCUGGCAAUUCUCUGGGUUGAAAUCAACAGGUUAGUGAGAGUUCUCAGUGGCAAAAGGCAUACAGGUCAAAAUUGCAGUUUCUGUAACUUUUAUUUUUUUAUUUUUUUAGACAAGAGCAGAUUAUUGGCCCACUGCCCAACCCCAUUACCUAGUGUAUUCUUAGGUGGUCUCCCAUCCAAGUACUAACCAGGACUGAUUUUGCUUAGCUUCCAAGAUCAGGCACUCCCAGGGUACAGCACAGGGGAAACUAACAGCUCCUGAACUUUAAUCAUUUGUUUGAAUUGCUCAACUUAAUUUACAACUAAAUCUGAAUAACAUAAUAUGAAUUUGGGAGCACGGUGGCCGACUAGAUAGCACAUUCCUCUCACAGUUCUGAGGAGCCAGGUACAGAGCGGCCUGCCUGAGAUUGCAUGUUGACCCUGCAAUUUGGUGUGUAAUCCGGUUUCAUUCCACAUCUCAAAAACAUACAUGGUAGGUUAAUUGAAGACUCUAAAUGUUAUGUGUGAAUAUGAGUGUGAAUGGUUGUUUGAUUACAUGUUUCCUUCGAGUGGCUGGUGACGAGCUCGGAGUGUACUUCACCUCUCACUCAGUCGUUGGGACAAGCUCCAGUGUGCCUGCGACCUCAGUGAGGAUAAGCGUUAUGGAAAAUUUAAUCAGAUUUAUUAGUUUGGAACUGCAGUCCAAUAAACGUGAAAGUCAAUAUAAGAUUUUAUCAGUGAAAAUUAAAAUUAUUUAUUUUUACAUUCUGUGUUGUCUUUUCAGAUUCAGUCCAACAAAUUCACUUUGAAAUUACCUGUGACAGACAUCAGUCACUUUAGGAAUUGCCACUAAUCAAAGAUACUCAGUUCUUCUCUUUUGCCGAUCAGCGCUUUCACUUUGAACAUGGCACAGGGCCUAUCUAGAGAGUCAAAUCUUCUAAUCAACUACAGUAUUUUAACCUUAAUAGCACUUUUCCUUAACCGGUGUGGAAUGUGUCCUUUCGAACAUAGUAAGGACAGUGUUUUAUAGGAACUUAUCACAGCAAUGUAACUUUGUCAUCUCCUCUGCUCCAAUAACCACUAGUCCACUAGUUCACUAGCCAUAGGGAGGAUGUCCCACUCAGCAACAGUCUGGACAAUGAACUUAAAGCAGAUGAUGAUGGUCGUCUAUGCAUUUAACUGCAUACACUAUAGCAGGGGUCGGGGAGCCUUUUCGACUGAGAGAGCUAUGAAGGCCAAAUAUUUUAAAAUGUAGUUUAAAAAGAGCCAUACAGUAUUUUAAAAAUUAAGUACAGUCUUUUUACGCAUUUAUUUAGGACCAACACUUUGAGUACAAUCUUCUUCUUUUCCUUUCGGCUUGUCACCACAGCAUGUCAUCUUUUUCCAUCUAAGCCUAUCUCAUGCAUCUUCCUUUCUAACACCCUGCUUGUCAUGUCACCUCAACACCUCAUGUCCUCCCUCACAACAGCCAUCAACCUUUUCUUUGGUCUUCCUCUCACUCUUUUGCCUGGCAGCUCCACCCUCAGCACCCUUCUGCCAAUAUACUCACUCUCUCGCCUCUGAACAUGUCCAAACCAUCAAUAG